AUGCCAAAAAGACCAUGCAAAAAGAGACUGUUCUCACGUCGCCGGUUCAAAAAACGACUCGGCCCCCCAGAACCUCCACAAGAGGGGAAAUCAGUAGGGGGGCUCCCCACGGUGUCUACACCUAUUAAUAUUGACAUGUUAGAGUUGGAACUGUCCUCUCAUCCAGAUAGGACUUUUGUGGCUUAUCUGUUAGAGGGUUUACGUCAGGGUUUCGACACUGGUGUUAGAGAUAUACCGGAAACAUCUCUUGUAUGUAAAAAUUUAUUAUCUGCUAGGACUCAACCAGACGUGGUGCAGGAACUGAUAGACUCAGAGUUGAAGAAAGGUUUUUUAGCCGGGCCCUUCGAGACCAUACCUUUCCCAGUUUACAGAAUCAAUCCCAUCGGUAUAGCUGAAGGAAAGUAUUCUAAGAAGAAGAGAUUGAUUGUGGAUUUGUCAGCGCCACAUGACGACAAAAAUAACCCCAGCUUGAAUGACCUCAUUGAUAAGAAUGAAUAUUCAUUACAAUAUGUAACUAUUGACCAUGCUAUUAGUGUUAUAAAAUUUUUAGGACAACAUAGCUGGCUGUGUAAAACAGACAUCUCUGAUGCUUUCAAACUUUUACCAAUUCACCCAUCUUUAUGGCCUUUUCAUGGGAUUAUGUGGAGUCAAAAAUAUUAUUUUUAUACAAGACUGGUUUUCGGAAGCAGAUCCAGUCCAAAAAUCUUUGACACCUUGUCAACUGCUAUUUGUUGGAUUUUAAAAAACAGAUAUCAAAUCCAUCAUGUGCUACAUCUAUUGGAUGACUUUCUAACGGUCGAUGCUCCUAAUGACAAUGCUGAAGAUACUAUGGUCAAACUUUUGGAGGUUUUCGAUACACUUAACAUUCCUAUCGCGAAGCACAAAACUAUGGGACCUGCUACAGAUCUGGAAUAUCUGGGGAUAAUUUUGGAUACAGCAAACAUGCAAGCACGUCUUCCAGAGCAAAAGAUAAAUCGUAUUUGUAACUUCCUAGUAGAUUUCAAGGACAGGAAGUCAUGUACUAAGAGAGAGACUUAG